UUUUUGUCCCAGCCCAGUGAAAGUGAGUGAGGGUGGGAAAGACUGAGUGAUGGAGUGAGCGGGGACAGGGGUGUUAGUUUUUGUGUGAUUAGAAAGUUGGCAACCCUACCCUAGCCCCACCAGCUCGCUGCAGGGCAGAAGCCCUGAGCUCCCCUUGUCUGGUAGAUGGAGAAUGGAUGGGAGGCGCCUUUGGGGGCUCCACAAGCUGCACUUUAACUGUAAAAGAGCCGCAUACGGCUCAUGAGCUGUGGUUUGCCCACCCCUGCUAUAGAAAUUUAAUGCUUCAUUGUUCCAUUAGUACUGAAAUCAUUAGGAAAAAGAAGAGUGAUAAUUCACAUUUUUCGUCUGUCUAUCCCUGGACAGACCUGCCCUGGAUCAAUGUCGAGACCAUGCAUCCCAUCAUGUAAUCAUAUGGAAGGAGCAAAUCUGGCUGAUUUGUUCUUGUAACUUCCAAAGCAAGUUCACUGGGUUUUACAUCUUAAUGGUAAAAAUUUCAAAAGUAUUUAAGUGGCCUAGGAGCCUACCUCUCAUUUUCAAAAGUGACAUAUGCACUUAUCCAUUGACGUUUCCUUUGAAAUCUAUUUAAAUUAGGCAUCUAACCUGAUUAGGCAAUUUUGAAAAUCUCACAUGGCACCUAUCUCCAUUUUUACCUUUGAAAAUCUGGCUUUAAGUGUCUAUGUCACUUUUUAAACCAGGGCUUAGACUCCGAAUCAUUCAGGUGACUAAAAGGUUUGUCCCUAACCUACAAAACCUAAUGCAGUCUUUUUGGAAUUUCAUAGGAAGAGCUCAAUGUAUACACAAAGCAGUCAGAUGCAAGCACUAGGUAAGAAGGAUUUGACUAUCUGAAGAGAUGAAUCAGCACUGAUGCUAGAGAAGUGGGCAGAAAGACUUAUCACUGCAGUUUGAACUAGACUACCCUGUGGGCACAAAGUCCUUGUGCAGAUCUGAAGGUCCUGUUCCCUCAUUGUGAGCUACUCAAAAAGUAGCACUAUGAUGCCAAAGCUAUAGGAAUGAUUCAUGAAACACAUACAACAGGAGCUAGAAUCCUAAUACUGGACAGUGUUCUAGAACCUCCUGAGCCACUGUACAAGUAAUUGUGAGUUUCUAUGACAAUUUCAUUAAAGUUCUUCCCAAGUCCACAUGGAGGGAGAAACCUAAGCCUACCCUGCCAGCAUUCCACCUUCUCCUAAAACUCUGCAGUUCUAUUACUGAAAGAAAAGUGAGGAGGGCAGCAGAGAGGACAGGGUUUAUUCACACAUAAUUAGGCUUCAAAGGACAAGAAAGGUGAAUUGUUUCCUAUUUACCUAGCUGGAGAUUUCACAGCGUCUUCAUUUCUGUACAGCUUCUAGUUCUAUAGUUAGCUAUAUUGAGUCUGAUUUAAUUCAGAAACUCAUGUUUUGUCACUACAGAAGCAGGACUGAAUCCAGUCUUUGCCCUUUACUGCAAAUUGAGCUUAACGGGAUAAUUUUAACAAAUCAUUUUCUCUCUAAACCAUAAAUGCUUUAACAUUUCCAAGCUGGUAUAUUUAAAACUGUUUUCAUAAAAUAAUGCAUUAAUGUAUUUUCUUUUCAAUACAGAAUAUUAACAACAAAAAAAGGUGUUGCAGAAGAUAAAAAUCAUGGAAAAGGUGUAAAAAUGCUAUACUCACACAACUGUCAGCUGUCCUAUAGUAAACUGCUGUAAUUUGCUAGGUAGGGUACGCAAGAAAACACAGUUAAGUCCAAACCCACCAAAUUCCAAACACAAUCUGCUAACAUCUGACACUUCAUUGUGCAGAUUCAGAAUUAUUUUUAUUUAGGACACCAUCUGCGUCAGAGAAGUAGCUUUAUAACAUAGUUGUAAAGCAUUUGUGGUCCACAGAAAAACUCUUUGCAAGUCUUCAAAACUCUACCAGACAGUCUAGAAUUGCAUUGACAUGCUGAGCAUUUUUUGUGGACUGCUGGAGUGCCAAUAGUGAGAGGGCUUUACAUGGAAUUUGGAACUGCUAGGAAGACAUGUGCUUCUUUCAAACUCAACCUGCUGAGAAUUCCCUAUAGAAAGCAAUAAGCCAAAACUAGCUUUGUUUCUCCUGCAUGUUGAAUUCCAAUGUGUAUAGCAUCAGUGUUAUAGGUUAUCAUGGAAUAUUUUAGUAGGUUAUACUCUGAAAAGUGAAUGGAAAAUGGCAUCAUGGUCUUCUAUGUUUAAGGCCUGAUCUUCAAUUAGUCUUCACGCAGGAGUCCUGUUGAAAUCAGUGGGAGUUCUAUGAGCGCAGCACGGGGCCAUUAUAUCCAGUGGCUUUCACAGCAUAUCGGCUCAGUUUACAAACCCAAAGAAAAAUCAUUUCUCUAACAUCCAGUGCUGCAAACUGAACCUAGGAUCUGCCUCCUCCUGUACAUCAUUGCCAGUAACAAAGGAUUCUGCAGUAGGAACUUAGCUGAGUUGGAGAAUCAGGAUAACAUUCAGCUCCCUUCUCUGUAACUAUACUGGCUCUGAGAUGCCAGCUGUAGUUAAAAUUUUUCAUCUCCCAGCAUACCAGGAAGAUAAAUAUCAAACAUGGACAGUUAGCAAAGAGUGUCAUUUUUACAUUGUCACUGUUCUCUCUGUAACCACAUUUUGAAGUGUGUAAUACAUACACGUAAUGUAUAUGAGGCACAUUUAACCCUCUUGGACCUAUACAGAAGAGGAAAAUUACAAUUCUUACAGAGAACAGCUGAACCUCCAGGCUUGUUUGGUCAAUUCCUUAUUUUAAAUCUGCAAGUACAUUGUUAUGCUAAUGUUAUUUCUUCAUUUUUCAUUCUUGUAUCCAGCUUGCUGAAGAGCUCUUAUCUUCUGGGUUUCAGGCACCUGUGUCAGUCCAGACCAGGAACUGUUUUAAAAUAAAUCUCCUGAGUCAUAACAUAUUUCAAAAGGAACGGCAGUAGACGGGAUGGUUCACGAUUCAAAGCACAGCAAGUUUUGCUGCUGAUACAGAGAAAAUAGAGCCACACAGCUGAUGCUUAAAGCACCAAAGCAGCAAGUACAGGUGAAGCUCAGGUGAGCACAUGGGUGUCCGAUGAGCGAGAUACCAGCAGGUGCAAUAAUGACUCUGCAGAAGAAAGAGGUAGAGUGAGCUGUUUUCUAGCAAUUCCUUCUUACCAUAGCGCUUACAAGCCCAGGACCUCACUGUGCGAGAAGCUGUACAGGCAGAGAACAGAAAGACAAAAGGCAACAGAUAGAUACAGACAGGCAGAGAAGAGUACAAGGAAACUAUGCGAUAAUAUUGGUCAGCAUGAAUAGGCAGUGGUCUCAGCACACUGGUGGGCUAACUGCUGUCAAUUUUUUGUAAGCAUCAAGGCAAAGGAGAGUAAUACAGAGUAAUUUGAACAGGGAUAAUGAGGCAGCUUACAUGAGGGCCUGACAGCCCAGUUAUUCAAAGUGUCCUACAGCUGAGAGCAGUGUAAUCUAAAAAGUCCCAUUACACCAUGUGAGAUAGGGAGAUAUAUAGCUAAAGGAAUGGAGGCAGAGGGCUAAGUGCACAUACUAGUGAAGGGAGUGAAAUCCUGGCCCCACUGAAGACAAUGGCAAAAGUCCCAUUGACUUCACUAAGGACAGGAUUUCACCCCCAGUAUGUGUAUAAGUUUAGAGAUAGGCCUAUCCAUCUAGAACAGAACUGCAGCCUGGGGAUUCUGGGCUCUGCUGAGAUACUGGCUAAUGAACAACCUGCAGGAGACCUUAGAUUUUUAUUAAGUUCAAACUCUGACAAGAAAAUCUUAGUGGCAAAGACAUUGUAAGGGAGGAUCUACAAUUGCUGUGGAUACAGGAUGUGAAGGUCACUAGCAGUGACCAAAUAAAACCAGGGUCUGCUUUAUAACAAUUCUCUGAUAGGGGAGAAAACAAGACCCUCUGAAAUGUCAGAGGACUCCUUAUUCUGGAUUCAGGGAUUUGCCCUGUCUACUGCAUUGAAAAGAUUCUUAAUAUCACAGGCAUCAGGUUUCCUGUUCCUAUUCCCUAGGGGAUUCUCCCUCUGGUAAACACGAUGAGUCACACUGAUGGAAAACACCUACAAUUUCCCUUCCAACAUCUGUUUUAGUGCCUCAGUACCAUCAUGCUACUGGCAGAAGCAGACACCCAGAUACCAAGAGGUUUCCAAGAUAGUCUUACUACAGUACUGAUAUGCUAGUAACUUCGUCAACACUUGCCCACUGUCCUAUAUCCAUUGUCUCAAUUGGUUUGCUUAUAUAUUGGAGCUGACAUGCUGGAUCGGACUGUUGGUCCAGUGCAUUUAGCUGAAUAUCUUGCCUCCAUCAGGGCUAGAAUCUGAUGCAUCACAAGAAUGCACACCCUCACCCCAUAUUAGCCUAUUGGGCAUAUUUCACCAGCCAUUGUGCAGUGCUACCAAUGAAGGAAGUCCUGAGAGAAUGCUCCACACCUUGAUGUCUCCCUGCUCCUCACCAUACCAUAAACAGGGUAACAGGUAUAAAAGAAAAUGCAGAUUAGCAAAACAAGAAGACCACUAAGUUUGAAUGCGUUAGUAUCAAUGGUCUAAAGAAGCAGAUAAACAAGGUAUGUACUAUAUGAGCAGGCGUCCUUUAUUCCUGAUACAAUGCAAUCUAUAAAACAGCAUGUCUCUCAGCUCCAUUAACAUGGAGACUGGAGUCAGCGGAUGAGGCUUUAGGUGUGGUACAAUUACAGGGCCAGACUCUUUUUUGCAUUUCAGUGAAAAAUUCUCAAAUAGAAUUUUGCUUCUUUAAGAGAAUUCCGCUAUUAACCUUUCUACUCUCCCUUUAGGCUUUGUAACCAGCUCCCACCAUGGGUGACAGUGCUUGGGUGGGGACCUGGAGGCCUCAUCGUCCAAGGGGCCCAAUAAUGGCCCACUUUACCAGCCCAGGACCAAAGUACUCAAUACAAGGAACAACAGGUUACCUGAAGCAUAACCCCACCAAAAGGAAAGCCCCUGCCUACACUUUUAAGGGGGCAAGGCCCUCGCUCCGUGAAGCCUGUUCUCCAGGUCCUCAUUACUAUGUGGAACCCUCAAUGACCAGGAAGGGAAAGGAAACUGCCCCAGCUUAUACCAUGUGUGGGCGCCCCAACGUGAAAACUGAGGUCACACCUGGCCCAAGCGAUUAUUCACCAGAAAAGUCAAAAAAGCAUGUUUAUGAAUCUGCUCCUGUGCACUCCAUGUCAUUCAGGACUAGGAGCUUCAGUGUAGACAGCACUCCAGGUCCUGGUGCAUACACUAUUCCUCGGGUGAUGGGACCCAACACAGUAGACAAAACUGCUAGCCCUUGUUAUUCCAUGAAAUGGAAGAGUAAGCUUGGUCGCUUUGAUGAGGAUCUCCAUAAGACCCCGGGUCCAGCUGCAUACAAAAAGACAGACGUUGAUGUGUACAAAAAGAGAGCCCCCAAGUACAGCAUGAGCUCCCGGACUAAGCCUGCAGGAACUGUUAGACAUCCUGGACCAGGAGACUAUUAUCCCGGAAAGGUAACUUUGACCAAGCCUUGCGCCCCAGUUGUUACCUUUGGAAUCCGACACUCUGAGUAUACAAUGCCUUUGAUAGUGGAUGUCUAUUGACCUUCACGCAAGCUGCCUUACAGAAACUACAUUUAUUUUUCUAUAUCAUGUUGCUUUAUAUUUUAAAGCUGCCAGUUUUUAUACAAGUUAUCAUAUAUCUUCAACCAAAGAAUAAGUUUCUACAAGUUCUAGCAUUAAAGGAUGACAAAUAUUCAGAAAAUGAUCAUUUGCAAUAUUUUAACUUGCCUCUGGCUAUGAAGGAAUUUUCCAUAUCCCCCUUAAUGAAGAGGACAUGUUGAAGCUAGCAGUAUUACCCAGGCAUGUGGAUCUUGCUGUAUCUACCUGCUGAGAAUCUGAACCCUGCCAUUAGUGCAUUGAAGCAUCUGGAUUCUGUGUUCCAGAAACUGGGAAUUCACAACUGUAUACAUAAAGAGUCACUCAGUUUUGUACUACUGAGCUAUUUUGUUUGUUUACUCCUGUGAUGACCCUCACUGUAUGUGUCAUUUAUCCCUUUGACUGUGUUCUAUUGCAGUAUCAGCACGUAAAGAAAAUAAAUCAGGGAAUCAGUAUUUAUGUCAAAGUAGCUGAAUACUUCAAUCUACCUUUAGAUGGAGCUACAGACUAAAGUUUAAAGGGAUACUGGGUGGUUAAAACAAGUUCUUAGAUAUGUUACAUCUUUAGAUUAUUAAAACAAAACUUUAAAAAUUUAAAUGGACUUUUCACCACUCAUUCCUAGUUUACCUUCUCCUCUUCACUAAUCUUGGAGCAGGGGAUGGGAGGGGUGGGGAGGAGAAAAUUAAAACCACUUCUGGUUCUCAUGCCUUAACAAAAUAUUGCCAUUUUAGAAUUGCUAGAAAAUGUUAAAAUCCUAAAUUAAAAAACCUUUUCACUAAAUUUAAGAACAAAGUUUCAUUAGAAUUUUUUAAAACGAAGUAAGGCUAGAUUGCCAAAUAACAUCCCCUUAACCUAGGAGAAGUGCAGUUCUUGCUCUCUCAGCUGCUGUAUGCCAGAUGGCUGUGAACAUGCAGCGUCUUGCAAGGUCCACAUGCAGGCUAACCAUAACUGCAGGCUGCUCUCAGGAAGCACAGGAACUAUUUCAGAGAUGCAUACUGCCCUAAAGAGGUGUUGGAGCUAGGGACACACUGCAGCUACACAUCACCACUUGGAGCUGGCCUGACAGCACAGGGGAGGGAAGUUGCAACUGUUGAAGUGGUAUAGAAGUAGAUAUUCUUCUCCUGAAUUGUAGGGAAAAUUGUAUCUCUGUGAGGCUUCCUCCCCAAGCUCCACACAGAAGUGGUGCAACUCUGCACCAUCCCUCGCUAUGAGCAGUGCCUGAGUGCCACAGCUGAGCCCAAAGGUUAACACAAUUAUUGGGAAGGACAAAUUGUCUGCCCCACUUAACCAAGCUGGGAACCCCAACAGUCCCUUCCCCCACUUAUUGUGUUCUCUGGGAGUUUUACUUAGCCUUUCAAGGCAAGGUUAGUGUGAAGGUGGUGAUGGGAAAGCGAACUGUUGGACUCCAGAGCACAAUGCUGACCUUUAUUUUAAAAAUAUUUUUAAACUAACAUUUCAAAACAAGAAUUCAUUUUGAAUCAAAAAAUCAAAUACUUCAUUCCAAAAAGGAAAAAAAUUGGAACAAAAGUGUCAAACAAUCCAUUGAAACCCAGGGGAAGUUUUGGUUUUGACAAAAAUCAGGAUUUUCCAACAACAAAAAUUGUUUAAAAGUUCCUGACCAGCUCUAUUAUUGACUCCUGAGCAAGAUGAGUGACUUGUACUUUAGUGGUCAUUUUUCCUCUUCAUCCUAGAAGUCAGUAGGGGCCAAUUUCUCUUCUUUACGGAUACAUGCAGAUCCCAUAGGGUGCUAUCUUGUCACACCUUCUGGUCUACUGCAUCUUAGUGCUUGGAUGUAAUCUCCACUGUCCAUUGUACUGAGUACUGUAUUAUUGAUGACUAUUCAUCAAUGCAGGUUCCAAGGCAAUAAGUCCUAUAAAAAGUUAAUCAUGUACAUGUUUGGAAACUGGCUAGUAUAAUACAGCUUUGGACCAUGAUAAGAACAUACAUAUAUAAAAUUACUGGUGCAGCAUCUUAACACAGUACAAGUUUAUUCACAGCAUAAAAAGCAAAAUAAAAGAGAUCAUUGCUCUAGCAAGAGUUAGAGUGCUUUGGAGUUUUUUGGUCAUGAAAGAUUUGCUUGAGGGAAGCAGAUGGAAUAGUCAAGUGAGUCACCCAAAUUUUUUAAGCAUGUAAAAUUAGCUCAGAACAGCCAAGUCUUACCAAAGACGAGAAUCAAACAAGACUGAGUCAACUGAACCAAGAGCCAGAAUGGAUCAUCCCUGCAUCCUUCUCCCUCCAUCCCUAUUGCACAUUCUACCUUUGGAACAGGAUAAGGACACAAGUUACAGUACAGCAACUAGUGCAUUAGAAGAUCAAUAUUCAAGGUAAGAAGCAGAUUAAGAAAACCGGAUCUAAAUCUGCAGAAGGAUCAACGUUCUGUGGCUUGUAAGAGGAAUUUUUCACUGUCACACACAGUGUCAUUUGUCAGGAUCAGACAAUAUACACAGGGAUUAGGGAAUAUGAGUUUGUUUAGGGAGAAUAGGACCAAAGAACAUAUCCUCUAUACAGUUAGAGAGGUGGCUACAUCAAGAGAAAUAAGAGAUUUCCCUGCUUGAUGAUUGGCUUUCUUACAGAAAAAUCCAGAGAAGUCCCUG